GUAUAGUCUAUGUUUGGGUCAGGGGUAAAGAGCGCCGAGAAGCAUGCCUCACACACGCUCACUUUUAAGUGGCUCACCAGGAUUAACUUGCACAUUGCAGUAAACCGUGGAGGUAGCAACAUCUCUGGCUGCUAACUAUGGACCCACUGGAAAGUAAGUCCCCGGGUAGGGGGAAGUUUUUAUGGUUAGCCGUAGUUUUUGUUUUGGCGUGUAUGUUUUGUAUGGGCCAUGGGCAGUUGACUUCUGCUGGGAGGAUUUUACGAGUGAAUCGUGGGAUCCAAGUACCCUUUGGUCGCUCUGUGUAUUUAGACCCAGAGAGGGACUUGAAAAUAGACCAGCAGCCAGGGGAUCGGUGCAUUGUGUCGGUUUUGGAGACGGACGUGCUAGCGCAGCGACCAGGUAUGCUCAUGCCGCACGCUUUCCCGUGUAGAUUUCGCCCUGGCGAAGUUGAGUACACGCACUUCGGUUCGCGUAACCCGCUGUUUGACAGGGUGCGCUUGCAGAUCAGAUACGACUCACAAACUGAAACUAUUAUCAUACCAUUUACAAUUGAGGUCGAAGUGCUUUCCGUGCAACUGGAAAUCGUCACUAGAAAUAUGCCUAUAACUGUUGACCGUCUAUUGGGGUACAGCACACCCAUUAAUAACAAGGCACUGCAGUUUACUUACGACCGCGGCUCUGAAUCAUGCAAAGUAAGCGUACUUAGCGCAGCUAGUGGUUUGCCUAGGUACGGGGAAAUGGCCAAUACAUCAGCUGCAAUGACUAUGAUUGACUGUGAAGCUUUCUUGGAGUCUGGUAUAAGAUAUAAGCACACCUCUCCAUUGGACUCCCCCAACAGAGACUAUAUCCCCAUGGUUGUAGAACUCAUGUCCUCUGAGGGGACCGUGAAAAAACAAGAAUAUUUCCAAGUCAUGGUCAGAAUUAAAGAAGGCCUAGAAAAUACCCCUCCUUCCCCAAGUUAUGAUGCCAUAUUGGUAUUAGAAGUGGAUCAGUUUGUUAUGACUGCAAUAACGCCAGACAUUUUAGCCGCAAUUGACCAGGAGACCCCUGCAGGUCAGCUGAUUUUCAAUAUUACCAGGCCUUUAACUUUUGAUGAGGGUGUUAUUGUGAGUACUGAUGAUAGAAAUCUGCCAGUGAAAUCCUUUUAUCAAAGUGAUGUUCAGGACUUAAAGAUUGCCUACAAGCCUCCAAGUAUUGAUUCAGCAGUUCGUCGCAUUUUUCAAGUUGAGUUUCAAGUGGUUGAUGCAGAGGGCUUAACAUCAGACCCUUUCACUUUGAUGAUUAUUGUAAAACCUAUGAAUACUUUGGCUCCAGUGGUCACAAGAAACACAGGUAUACAGCUGUUUGAGGGACAAUCUCGCCCUUUACUGAGUGCUCAGAAUUUAGAAAUUUCAGACGAAGAUAAUCUUGAUGAUGUACGUAUUCAGGUGAUUGAUGGACUUCGACAUGGGGAACUCCACAUGAAUGGCAUCAAGCGAAAAUUCUUCUCGCCUGCUGAUCUAGAUGCAGGUAUGGUUGUGUAUCAACAUGAUGGAAGCGAUACUUACAGCGAUAAUAUAAUUUUUCGCAUGACCGAUGGCGAACAUGAAGUGGAAUUCUUGUUCCCUGUGACUGUUUACCCAGAAGAUGAUGAACCGCCAAUAAUUAAUGUAAAUACGGGUCUCCAGAUACAAAAGAAUGAUGUGGUUAGUAUUUCACCUUUUGUUCUUAGUGCCACAGACAUUGACAGUGAUGAUGCCAGUAUUAAAUUCACUCUGUUGGAACCUCAUUCCACAGAAGGAAUGGUAAUGAUGAGACAGAUAGAGCCACCAUCAGAUCCAGACAACUGGAGAUUCGUCAAUGGCCACUACGAACGUCCAGUCACCAUGUGGACUCAGCAAGACAUUGUGGAGGGAAAACUGUUCUAUCAUCAUGUUGGGCCACAUAAUACAGAGGUGGUCAUGGACAGACUUAAGUUUACUGUCCAGGAUAAUCAUACUCCACCUAACGUGUCUCCCAUCCAAGAUUUUGUGGUCAAGAUAAUGCCUGUAGAUGACCAACCACCAUAUUUAUGUCCUAGGACCCCCUUGCUUAUGACCGUGAAUGAAUUUCAGCUGACACAUUUUCGUAAAAAAGUUAUGUGCUACACUGAUCUGGAUUCCAUUGAUAGAGAACUUCAGUAUACAAUUACAGCACCGCCAUAUGACACUGAUACUAACAAUCCUUUGCCAGCAGGAAGCAUUGUUUUGUUUGAAUAUCCUGAGAUAAUAAUAAGUGAAUUUACCCAAGCACAGGUGAAUCAUCGUAAAGUUGGUUAUCAACCUCCAAGUACUGAGCUGGGAAUCACGCCGAGACUCAUCCAAUUUGAAUUUGAUGUGAAAGAUACAGCUGGAAAUGUCCUGCCACAACAGAAGUUCACCAUAAAGCUCCAGCCCGUUGAUAACAAGCCUCCUGUUAUUACAAAUCCCGGAUUCUCAGUGUUUGAAAACAACUACUUACAGAUUACUCCACAAAAUUUAGAUGCUGUAGACCCAGAUACGGAUGGCAAUAUGAUAAAUUUCACUGUCGUAGAGAUUCCUGUACAUGGUCAGCUGACUUACCUGGGCAACCCAAUGGCUGAGGGUGAGGUUUUCAAAAGGGGUGACAUUUCUUCUGGACGGAUUGCCUACCUCAACCAAGGGCAGGUGGGAGAAAUGGACAGCGACAAAUUCAAAUUGGAUGUCACGGAUGGCAUCCACCAUAUCCCAGUGGUUGUCAAGGUGGCAGUGCGAGGUGUUGAUGACGAGAUGCCAUCUUUAGCUUUGACCGAUGAGGCUAGCUCUGGAAAUCUGGGGUUCCGCAUUGAGGUGAAAGAAGGGCAGUCAGCACCUAUCACUUCAAAUAUGAUCAAAGCUACUGACACUGAUACUGACGACUUGAUGCUGACUUUCUUGGUUGAAAGCGCUCCACGUAAGGGGGUGAUCUUACUAGGAAACCAGGUUACUGACAAGUUCACACAGAGCGACAUCAUCAAUAAUAAUGUUGUCUAUAUGCACACCAGUGGAGAAAUCGGCCCUGAAGAAACCAAAGAUCACUUCACUCUCACAUUGUCUGAUAUGUCUGAUGAUUUACUCAUUGGUGGAAAUCGGAUUCAAGGGAUCAAAGUUAAUGUGACCAUACUUCCCGUUGACAACAAUACCCCUGUGGUGGUGGUAGGGGGUCCACUUGUUGUGCCAGAAGGGAACAAGAGUGCCAUCACAUUGUCUCAUAUCAGUGCAUCUGACGUAGAUAGCGAGGUAGAUGACAUUCAGUGCACCAUUAUUGUCCAACCAACACAAGGUUACUUGGAAAAUAGUGCACCAGGUGAUGGCUCGGAAAAGUCACGGGCAGGUAUGCCAAUCAGUACCUUUACAAUGAAAGAUAUCCGUUUAAUGAAUAUCAACUACGUUCAAAGUAUUCAUCAGGGUGUGGAGUCAACGGAAGACCGUUUCACGUUUAGAUGUUCAGAUGGUGUCAACUUCUCUCCAAACUUCUUCCUUGAUGUUGUCAUCAUACCAGAUAACGAUGAAGUGCCAGAGCUCUACAUGAGAGAAUUUGUGGUUCUUGAAGGAAAUUCCCUUGUUAUUGACACACCUAUUCUUAAUGCCAUCGACAAAGAUAUUCCAGAACAGGAACUUAUAUUUCAUAUCCUAGAGGCUCCUGGCCAUGGCAAGAUCCUCCAGCAAAGGCCAACAGGAUCAGUACAAGUGGACAGGUUUUCUGUCUCGGACAUUUCUGAUGGCUCCACCAUUGUGUAUGAACAUGAUGACUCUGAAACCACUGAGGACAAGUUCAAAGUUAAGUUGACAGAUGGAAAGCAUGAAGUUGAAAAAGAAAUCUUGAUCAUGGUUAUCCCAGUUGAUGAUGAAACUCCAAGGCUGACCAUCAAUAAUGGAUUGGAGGUUGAUAUUGGUGAAACCAAAGUAAUCAAUGACCAGGUACUCAAAGCAGAGGACUUGGAUUCUGACGAUUUGAACAUCCAGUUCAUUGUACGCAAGCAGCCUAUCCAUGGCUACUUGCAGAGAGUUGUUAAUGGUGUCAGCUCAAAUAUUACCCGAGGGAUGAACUUCUCUCAGUGGGAGAUUGAUGAUGGAAGUAGGAUCCAGUAUGUUCACACAGGAGCAGAAGGUGUCCGAGACCUGAUCAAGUUUGAUGUCACUGAUGGCUUCAAUCCCCUAAUCGAUAGAUAUUUCUAUGUUUCGGUAGAAGGCAUAGACAUGACAUACCCAGAAGUCAUCAACAAAGGCGUAGAAUUACCUGAGGGUGGGUCUGUCAUUUUGACAACUGACCUUUUGAGUACGUAUGACUUAAAUAGCCCUGAUGAAAACCUCCAGUUUACUAUCACACGGGCUCCUAGUAGGGGCCAUCUUGAAAGCACAGACCAACCAGGGGUCCCGAUUACAACUUUUACCCAGCUACAGCUUGCAGGAAACAAAAUUCGCUAUGUGCACAUGAGUGAGGAUGAAAUGAAAAUGGAUAGUUUUGAAUUUGAGGUGACAGAUGGUUAUAACCCAGUUGUUCGUACUUUCCGGGUCUCUCUAAGUGAUAUUGACAAUAAGAAGCCUGUCCUGAUGCUUGAACCACUACGAGUGAAAGAAGGAGGCACAAAACUUAUCACACCAUUUGAACUGAAGGCAGUGGAUCGUGACACUGAUGACACAAAAAUACGAUUCACUGUGACUCAGAUCCCAAUUCAUGGUACCAUUAGGUACAACAAUACUCGCUCUGUGACCACAUUUACCAUGGAGGACUUGAAUGAAAACUUAAUCACAUAUGCCCACGAUGGCACCGAAACUCUUGAAGACAGUUUUGCAUUGGUUGUCACAGAUGGCACUCAUACAGACUUUUUCGUCUUUCCUGACACGACCACCACCACCCGAAGACCACAAGAAGUUUUGGUGGAAAUUAUUCCUGUUGACAAUGGCGUCCCCCAGAUUGCAGUCAAUCGAGGUGGCGCGUCACUAGACCAACUUGGAGAUGGAAGGCUUGGUUUCAGGUUCACUAACAAGGUCUUGAAGGCAGAAGAUCGUGACAGUACAGGGGAUGUCCUGAAGUAUAAGAUCAUCACCCCUCCAGAACAUGGCUACAUCAUCAAUAGGGCACAUGGGAACAAAAGUGUUGGGAACUGGUCACAAGAGGAUGUUGAUCGCAUGAGAAUCCAUUACAUACUAAAGAACAACACAAACGCCACAGGAGAUGUCUUCUAUUUCAAGAUCACAGACAAAGGCGGAAACGUCCUUGAUAAUCAGCCAUUUUACCUCAACUGGGCCUGGAUCUCCUUUGCCACGGAAUACUACAUCGUGAAUGAGACGGAUAGGAGAGUCAACGUCACCCUCAACAGGAGGGGGUUUCUGGGCGAGACAUCAUUUAUCACUAUCACUGCAAAAAAUGGCACAGCCAAAGUGGGUGAAGAUGUUAGGAAGAAGUAUGCCCACCAAGUGCAGUUUAACCCAGGACAAAUGAAGAAGAACUGGCACAUUCGCCUUAUCGAUGAUGACAAGUACGAGGAUUUUGAGACCUUCACACUAGAGCUAAGCGAGCCUGUGAUGGGGGCCUUGGAACACCCCAAAGUGGCCACUGUCCGGAUUCUGGACAAGGAAGAUGAGUCCACGGUGUUCUUCCCAGAGAGUCAGUACACAGUGGAGGAAGACAUUGGGAUCAUCAAGGUACCCAUAAAGAGAACUGGAGACAUUUCUGAUGAACUGAUGGUUAUAUGUUCCACAGUACAAGAUUCUGCCACGGGGACUGUUCCAUCCACUGUCACUUCCUAUUCCGACUACAUCACCAGACCCGAAGACCACAACAGCAUGGUGCGCUUUGACAAGAACGAGGACACGAAAUUCUGCAACAUUCAAAUUAUCGAUGACUCCUUGUUUGAGGAGGAAGAAAGGUUCCAGGUUGUUCUGACCAUGCCUAUGGGAGGGAAGGUGGGGCAACAUAACAUGACAGAAGUGGUCAUUGCCCCGGACAAAGAUGACGAGCCUGCUAUCUACCUGGGAGCAUCAGAAUAUGAGGUUGAUGAGAGUGAUGGUUUUGUUGAAGUUAAAAUAUGGCGGACGGGAACAGAUCUCAGCAAGACCUCCAGUGUCACCAUCAGGUCCAAGAAAACCAAACCUGUCUCCGCUGACGCUGGCUUGGACUACUCUGCAAUCAACAGAGUGGUGAACUUUGCCCCGGGGAUGACCAUGCAGACGGUCAAGGUGACCAUAUUGGAUGACCUUGGUCAACCCAGACUGGAAGGUCCCGAGAGUUUCCAGUUGGUUCUACGGAUGCCCACAGGAGGAAUGAUGGGGGAGCCCAGCAAGGCAUUGGUCGUUAUCAACGACUCAGUCACUGACUUACCAAAAUUCCACUUUGAAGAGGACAUGUACAUGGGUUUUGAAAAUGACGGUGUUGUGAGGACCAUGAUCAGACGCACAGGCGAUACUAGUCACCUAGCAACAGUGCGCUGCUACACAAGACAAGACACAGCCAGGGUUAUGAUGGACUACAGUGAGAGGCCAGACACUGAUGCCUCUAUUGUUACCUUUUUGCCAGGAGAAGUGAAAAAACCUUGUGUUGUGGAAUUAAUGGGAGAUUCUGAGUUUGAGGAAGAAGAGGAACAAUUCCGCCUGGUUCUUGGCAGCCCAAGCAGCCCAUCUGCAGGAGGAGCUUUGAUAGGAAGUCCAAACUUUACCACCAUUGUCGUCAAGGAUGCUGGAGACAAGCCCAUCAUUAAGUUUGAGAGGACAAAGUACUCUGUUAACGAGCCUAUGUUUAGUGGAGAGAUUGCCACUGUAGAGAUCCCCGUGGUGCGUUUAGGAGAUCUUUCACAAACUUCCAUAGUGCGUGUUCACACCAAAGAUGGAUCGGCUAAAUCUGGGCCUGGAAAUGACUACCAUGGCUUCUCUAAAGAACUUGAGUUUGGGCUGAAUGUGUCCCGUCAUGUUAUCAAGGUAGAGGUGCUGUACGAUGGAGAGAGGGAGAUGAGAGAGGCCUUCACUGUCCACAUCAAACCUGACAGAAAUAUGGUGGCAGAUGUACAGAUGAACAAAGCAAUUGUGUACAUCGAAGAAAUGAACAAGAUGGCAGAUGUCACGUUUCCAUCUCCGCCAAUGGUAGUGUCCCUCCGUAACUAUGAUGAUGCCAAGAAUGCUCCACCUAAUCCAGUCCAAGGUUACCCUGUUAUAUGUAUCACACCUUGUAACCCAAAGCACCCAGAAUACUACAAGACAGGUUCCCUGUGUACCAGCGAGGGUAUCAACGAUACGCAGACUAUAUUCCGCUGGCGUGUGUCAGCGCCCAGUUACCUAGAUGGCGUCACUAGUGAGCUGAAUGAUGUUUCAUCGAACACCUUUUUCACAAAUACACAUAAGAUUACCCUUGACAGUAUUUAUUUCAGUGGAGGAAGCAGAGUCCAGUGUGCGGCCAGAGCAGUGAACGAAGACGGUGACCCUGGCCUGGAGUUGCUGAGCCCAGUGGUGACGGUGAGCAGUGACGAGGGGAUCUGUAUGCCUCGCGUGAUGGGGUCAGUGGGGGCGGAACCCUUCACUGCCAAACUCAGAUACACAGGACCUGGUGAUCCCACUCACCCCAACAUGGUGAGGCUAUCAGUGACCAUUCCCCACAGAGACGGCAUGCUGCCUGUCAUUUCCACCAAUAUAUUGUCCAAUUUUGAACUGGCCCUCAGCCCAGACGCCUUCCGUAUUGGCCAGCACAAAUGUUCGAAUUUGCUGGAUUAUGAUGAAGUCAGGACUAAGUAUGGCUACAUCACCAACGAGACGAAGAACCCCAACAUCGUAGGCUCCAUGGAACCCUAUCAGUACAAUGCUGAUAUCCGCUCGGAACCCUCUCUCAGAUUUUACAAGAAUCUGGACCUUGAGGCGUGUCUCUGGGAGUUUGUGACCUAUUAUACCAUGUCUGAACUGGUGACGGACUGUGGAGGAACCAUUGGUACAGAUGGACAGGUUUUGAAUCUCAAGCAGUCCUAUGUGUCAGUGCGUGUCCCGCUGUACGUAUCAUAUGUGUUUCAUUCACCUGUGGCAACUGGUGGUUGGCAGAACUACGACCUGUCCUCACAGCUCAGACUUACAUUUGUAUACGACACUGCCAUCUUGUGGCAGAAUGGUAUUGGUGCCGAAGAUGGUUCAUCAGAACUUCAAGGUUUUCUGUAUCCAACCAGUAUGCGUAUAAGAAAAGAUGGCCGUCUUGCUGUAAAUUUUAGAACAGAAGCCAGAUUCAGAGGGCAAUAUGUGUUGAGUCAUCCAGGCACCAGUCUGACUUCCAUGGUGAUGUCAGCUGUCAAUCCUGAUCUCACGUUUACCUUGGAACUUCUGAGAAGUGAACCAACCUUUGAACAGCCUGAACAAACAUGGGAGUUUGUGUCAGAUUACGCUGUACGCGACUACUCAGGGAAGUACACCAUAAAGCUGAUUCCUUGCACCACCCCCCUGGACCAAGAGUACGCCCUCCCUGUCGUUUGUAACCCUCGUCAGCCUAUGAACUUUGACCUGGAUAUAAGAUUCCAGCAGAUUAGUGAUCCUGUGCCUGCCGAGUUCAGCCUCAAUACCAACUUUCAUCUGCUGCGGAAGAAGGCCCUUUGGCUGUCUGAUGGUUCUAUGGGUUUUGGAGAGGACUCAGAUGCUGCUUUUGGACAAGGUGACAAGAUAUAUGGAAGAAUAAUGGUGGACUCAGUUCAGAAUCUUGGUGAUUCUUUUAACUUGAACAUUGAGAAAGUAUUCAUAUGUACUGGCAAGGAUGGGUAUAUUCCUAAGUAUGACCCUGCCAAUGAGGAAUAUGGUUGUGUGGCGGACUCACCGAACUUACAGCAGACAUUUAGAAUACUGGACAAAGGUGCCCCUAACACUAUCUCCCCUACAUUCAGAGACAUCCCCUUCAAUGCAAGGCUGGCAGUAGACGACCCCUCAGCAGUGAACCUCGUACUGCAGCCAGGAUCUGAUGGGUUUAGCCUGGAUGCCAAACCUCUGUUCAAGGUGGACUCAGGAAGACAGUGGUUUGUCCACGCCAUUUACACUGUGCGUUCCAUGGAAAACUCGCGGAACGGCAUCGGAAAAAGAAGCAUCACGUACCACAGCAUUUCAGGCAUUCAAUCAUCAUUAGAAACAAUGGUGGAAGAGGUGUUACACACACGAAGAAAGCGUGCAAUAGAAGACACUAAAAAUAUUGGCCAAAGUAAUAACAGGGGAACAAAUAUGGUGAGAAUAUCACUGAACUUUACAGCUAAAGCGGAGGACAAUAAUUUGCAAGGAAACACUGAAGUUGGAACAUCUGUUUUAAAUACUGAACCAGCCAGCACACCCAUAAUACCAAUUAUUAUUGCAGUUGUUCUGUUCCUUGUUUUAUGCAUAAUUAUUAUCGUAAUUGUCAUCGUUGUUGGAAGAAAGAAAAAAGAAAAAAAGAAAUCUCUCAGUAAUGGAGUCACUGUCCCCAUUGGGAAUGGCAAGAGUAGAGUGUAUGAUCCUAAAUAUCAGAAUAAUAAUGACAGCUCAGAAGUAUAGGCAGACAUUUGCUUUUUUUAUGUGCAAACACAGCUGUUAUUGUAGAUGUUGUUGUCACCAGAACCUGUCUUCAUUGCCAAAGUACCCAACAUUUUUAUAACAACUGUAUCUGAAAAAUGGGGACACUGUUUUGCAUUUAAUUGUUUAGAGUGUCAUAUUUCUUGUUGCAUCAGUGGAAAUCAGAAUCGGUGUUUUGCAUGAAUCUUGGUGUCAUUUGUAUAGGUCAAAGAAUCAAAUGUUGUGUUCAAAAAUUAGCCCACAGGAAAGCCUGUAAUAAUCAGCA